AUGUCUAUGUCCGUCCAAGAUUGUGCCCCAGCUCGGGAUGGCUUCCCGCGACCCUUUCCGGACACUCCCACCAAUGUUCUGCAACAAUUCCAAAUGAAAGGGAAGGUGGUUGUGAUCACAGGUGCUGCGGAUGGACUUGGAUAUGCCGUAGCGGAGUCUAUGGCUGAGGCUGGUGCCGAUGUCGCCUUGUGGUAUAACUCAAAUGAUGUUGCGAUUGAGAAAGCAAAGACUCUGGCCAAAGAAAACAAUAUCAAGACUUCCGCUUACAAGGUUGAUGUAUCGGACUCUACUCAAGUUUCGGAGACGAUAGCCAAGGUCGCUCAAGACUUUGGUAAGAUUGAUGUCUUUGUUGCCAAUGCAGGCAUGGCCAUUUCGAAGCCCAUCUUGGAGCAGACAUUGGACGAGUAUCGGAAGCAGAUGUCCGUAAAUGUGGAUGGUAUCGUUUAUUGCGCGAAAUAUGCUGGCGAGGUAUUCGCGAGACAGGGCUACGGCAACCUGAUCAUCACCUCCAGUAUGAGCGGCCACGUCGUCAACGUUCCGGUGGAUCAGCCGGUCUACAACGCAACCAAAGCCUAUGUUACUCACUUUGGAAAGUCCCUUGCUCGUGAAUGGCGCGACUUUGCCCGGGUCAACAUUGUCUCGCCGGGCUUCUUCGACACCAAGAUGGGAGCGGGUCCUGACUGCCUGCAGGAAGCUUAUCGUAUGUCGUCGCUUGGAAGGCAGGGGCAUGUGAAGGAGAUCAAGGGCUUGUACCUGUAUCUUGCCAGCGAUGCGUCGACAUACAUGACUGGAAGCGAUGUUAUCAUUGAUGGAGGAUAUGUGUUGCCCUGA